GUAACUUGAUUUAAACAGAACACUAAGAAUGGUUUAUAAAGCGUAAUGGUUAGAAGCUCAUCCGUCACACUAAGCAAAAAUCAAAUGAUUGUUUAGUAUGAUGGGUAAACUCAUGAAACUUUAUUUUAUUGAUAAAGAAAUUUCCAUCCCAUCUUCCACAUGAUUAUACAGUCAGGGCAAUGUUCAGAAGCUGCAUGCAGGAGUCUCAUUUUAUGCUGGCUUGCCUUUUUCAAUAUGUGAAAAUAUAAAGUUUUGUAUAUGAAGUAAGAUCCAAACUUUGGCAAAGAUAAUUUCUGAUUUGGUAUUCUGAAAAUGGGUUCCAUGAAUUGGGAAUAUGGGUGAUUAAAAAGAAUUACUUCAAUUUUAGAAACUUUAUAAGUGACAGGCGAACUGUGAGAGUUGAUGAUUAUUUUCAAUGUGUAAUAUACUUGCUGCAUAAAAUAUACAGCAACCUGAUUGCAUGAUUUUGGAGAUGUAGAUAGAGCCUUAUAAAUACUUGUUUAUGCUGCAGGGCAUAUUAUGGCAACAUUAACUUUUUUGGAGGGUCUUCUUCAACCUCUGUAAAAUCUUCUGCAAAAUUGAAACAAAUGGAGGAAGAAAAUGAGGAUGCCAUGUUUGUAUUCCUUUCGGAUGUUUGGUUGGACCAAGCAGAAGUUUUAGAAAAACUCCGCAUUAUGUUUUCAGGUUACUCAGCCAUCCCUCCAACCUGUUUUUUCUUCUGUGGGAAUUUUUCUUCUACCCCAUAUGGAAGAAGUCAAAUUCAGUCACUAAAAGGUUCUUUGAAAGCCCUAGCAGAUAUAAUAUGUGAAUAUCCCAGUAUCCAUGAAAGCAGUCGAUUUGUAUUUGUUCCUGGUUCUGAAGACCCUGGUCCAGGCUCCAUUUUGCCAAGGCCACCGCUCACUGAAAACAUUACUGAGGAAUUCAGACAGCAGGUGCCAUUUUCAGUUUUCACAACAAAUCCUUGCAGAGUCCAGUAUUGUACACAGGAAAUAAUAAUCUUUCGGGAAGACUUGGUAAACAAGAUGUGCCGUAACUGUGUCCGUUUCCCUAACAGUAGUUUGGAUAUUCCUAACCACUUUGUAAAGACUAUUUUAUCACAAGGACAUCUGACUCCAUUGCCUCUUAAUGUCAGCCCUGUCUAUUGGGCCUAUGACUACACCUUGAGAACCUACCCUUUGCCAGAUCUGAUUGUUUUUGCUGACAAAUAUGACCCAUUCACUGUAACCAACACCGAUUGCCUUUGUAUAAAUCCGGGAUCUUUUCCAAGGAGUGGCUUUUCAUUCAAAGUAUUCUACCCUUCUAACAAAACUGUUGAAGACAGCAAACUCCAAGAUCUCUGAAUCUCAGUCAAGAAGAGUAAGCCAAAGUUUCUGGUCUUAAAAUGACUGAAGUACUACAACAGUGUUUCUUAAAAUUUAGGAUCAUGGAUUGUAACUGCAUGUUAUAGCUAAUAUAUCUUGUAUAUUGUUAUAUAUCUUGUAUAUAAAUUUUAUAUAAGGGUGUUCAUACAUGCAUCGCAUUUUAUAUCUCUACUUGAAAUAAUUUGAUUUUGUUGUUGUUUAGUCGUUAAGUCGUGUCCGACUCUUUGUGACCCCAUGAACCA